AUGGACGCGCGGAGCCCGCUGUCUGCCCGGGCCAGCGCGUUCAGCAUCGCCUCUCUCGUUGCAGCCGAGGGCUCGGAGGGCGCCGCCCACCGGGGCCCCGGGCCCUUGGACCGGGCGAAACCUCGCCGGCCACCGGGAUCCCCAGUCGGGAUGCACUUCAGCACGGUCACCAGGGACAUGGAAGCCUACCCGUUCGCGCCCGCCCCCGGGGCGGCCAGCAGCUCGGCGGCGGAGCCCGAGGGGCCCGGGGCCAGCCGCGCCGCCGCGGCCAAGGCUCCGGUGAAGAAGAACCCGAAGGUGGCCAGCGUGAGCGUGCAGCUCGAGAUGAAGGCGCUGUGGGACGAGUUCAACCAGCUGGGCACCGAGAUGAUCGUCACCAAGGCGGGCAGACGAAUGUUCCCCACCUUCCAAGUGAAGCUCUUUGGAAUGGAUCCCAUGGCUGACUACAUGCUACUCAUGGACUUUGUGCCUGUGGACGACAAACGCUACCGGUAUGCUUUCCAUAGCUCCUCCUGGCUAGUGGCCGGCAAGGCAGACCCCGCCACACCUGGCCGAGUGCACUACCACCCUGACUCACCGGCUAAGGGCGCGCAGUGGAUGAAGCAAAUUGUGUCUUUUGACAAGCUGAAGCUGACCAAUAACCUGCUGGAUGACAAUGGCCACAUUAUUCUCAACUCCAUGCACAGAUACCAGCCCCGCUUCCAUGUCGUGUACGUAGACCCUCGAAAAGACAGUGAGAAAUAUGCGGAGGAGAACUUCAAAACUUUUGUGUUUGAGGAGACACGCUUCACUGCAGUCACCGCCUACCAGAACCACCGGAUCACGCAGCUUAAGAUCGCCAGCAACCCCUUCGCCAAAGGCUUCCGGGACUGCGACCCCGAGGACUGGCCCCGAAACCACCGCCCCGGAGCGCUGCCGCUCGUGAGUGCCUUCGCCCGCUCUCGGAACCCCGUGGCUUCCCCCACGCAGCCCAACGGGGCAGAGAAAGACGCCGCCGAAGCCCGGCGAGAGUUCGACCGCGACCCGGGCCCCGCCGCGCUCGGCGACGCCGCGCACCCGCAGCAGCUGCUGGCGCGCGUGCUGAGCCCCGCGCUGCCCGGGCCCGGAGGCCUCGUCCCGCUCCCCGGCGCGUCGGGGGGCCGCCACAGCCCCCCUCACCCCGACCUGCGCCUGGAGGCGCCCGGCGCGUCCGAGCCGCUGCACCACCAUCCCUACAAGUACCCCGCCGCCGCCGCCGCCGCCGCCGCCUACGACCACUACCUUGGCGCCAAGAGCCGGCCGGCGCCCUACCCGCUGCCGGGCCUGCGCGGCCACGGCUACCACGCGCACCCGCACGCGCACCCGCACCACCACCACCACCCGGCGGUGAACCCGGCCGCCGCCGCCGCCGCCGCAGCCGCCGCCGCCAACGUGUACUCGGCGGCGGCGGCGCCCCCCGGCGCCUACGACUACUGCCCCAGAUAG